CUUUAAUUGAAUUUGUAGUUCUUUUUUCCUUUCCCAUUUGUUAGAUUAAUAAAAUUCAUUCUGAAUUAAGCAUUUGUGCAGAGAUUAGAUAAUUAUCAGAACUUUUGACUAAACCCAUCGAUGCUGAAUUAUAGCUGUGUGCCAGGCAUUUGUUUUUAAGUGCCGAGGAUUCAAAAUAAGACCACAUCACUGCUCUCCUGGAGCUCAUAUCCUAGCGAGCAGAGAAAUGGGAGGAAAAUGUGUAACAUGCCAAGGGAAGUUAAGUGCCGUGAAGCCGUUAGGAGAUGAAGAACAGUAGAUGUUAGGGAGUGAGGUCCCCAUAGGAUGGUCAGUAAAGUCCUCUGAGAUAAGUUUGUGUCUGUACCGAAUUCUGAGGAUGUGAGGGAGGGAACCAUCUGACAGUUUGAAGAAGAGUGAUCCAGGUAGAAAAAGCCGGUUUGAUUAGUAGUAGUAUUUUUAAAAGGUCCCACAAAGGGGAAAAGGAGAUCGUGGCACUAUAGGAAUUAGGAGGCUUCUACAGUUUGAGAAUAAGAUGAGUGUUAGUAUUUUUGCCACCUGUGCUUAACUUUUUCAUUCCAUGUGCAAAUGGAAUGGAUUGGACCGGUGAUAAUCAUGGAAGUCGUGAGCCGUGACUGGAUUCUUUGAAGAUACAGUCGACAGGAGUGAUGUGAAAUACGAGGAAGAUGAGAAGAAUCAAGAAUGACUCCAAGAUUUUGUUGGAGCCAGGCGUGAUCCAGGAUGUUUUGGCAGCUGGCAGUCACCUACAGCUGUUGGAGCUUCUCAAUUUAUGUUCCCACUAUCUCAUCCAGGAAUUAAAUAGCUUUAAUUACUUGGAUCUGUACAGACUUGCUGACCUCUUUAACCUCACUUUGUUGGAGAAAGCGGUGAUCGAUUUCUUAGUGAAACAUCUCUCUGAACUCCUGAAGAGCCGCCCAGAAGAUGUUCUGACGCUCCCUUAUUGCCUGCUCCAGGAGGUCCUGAAGAGUGACCGGCUGACCUCCCUGAGUGAGGAGCAGAUCUGGCAGCUAGCUGUGAGGUGGUUGGAACGUAACUGCCAUUACCAGUACAUGGAUGAGCUUCUGCAGUAUAUCCGCUUUGGCCUAAUGGAUGUGGAUACUCUCCAUACAGUUGCCCUGUCACAUCCCCUGGUCCAGGCAAGUGAGACUGCAACAGCCCUUGUCAACGAGGCCCUGGAAUACCACCAGAGCAUCUAUGCACAGCCUGUCUGGCAGACCUGCAGGACUAAACCACGCUUCCAGUCAGACACUCUGUAUAUCAUUGGCGGGAAAAAGCGUGAGGUCUGUAAAGUCAAGGAACUUCGGUAUUUUAAUCCCGUUGACCAGGAGAAUGCUCUCAUAGCUGCCAUUGCCAAUUGGAGUGAGCUGGCUCCCAUGCCAGUGGGAAGGAGCCAUCACUGUGUGGCAGUCAUGGGGGACUUCCUGUUUGUAGCAGGAGGGGAAGUGGAGCAUGCCAGUGGCAGAACAUGUGCUGUGAGGACUGCUUGCCGCUAUGACCCCCGCAGUAACUCCUGGGCAGAGAUUGCACCCAUGAAAAACUGCCGGGAGCAUUUUGUAUUGGGUGCCAUGGAUGAAUACCUCUAUGCAGUUGGGGGCAGAAAUGAACUACGGCAAGUUCUGCCUACAGUUGAGCGAUACUGCCCCAAGAAGAAUAAAUGGACUUUUGUGCAGUCCUUUGACCGAUCCCUUUCAUGUCAUGCUGGAUAUGUGGCUGAUGGUCUUCUUUGGAUAUCAGGUGGAGUAACUAACACUGCACAGUAUCAGAACAGAUUAAUGGUGUAUGAACCUAACCAGAAUAAGUGGAUAAGCCGCAGCCCCAUGCUGCAGAGAAGAGUCUAUCAUUCCAUGGCUGCUGUCCAAAGGAAGCUUUAUGUUCUUGGAGGCAAUGACCUUGAUUACAACAAUGACCGAAUCCUUGUGCGUCAUAUAGAUUCUUACAACAUUGACACUGACCAGUGGACGCGCUGUAACUUCAAUCUGUUGACUGGCCAGAAUGAAUCUGGAGUUGCUGUCCAUAAUGGGAGAAUAUAUUUAGUUGGUGGAUAUUCAAUUUGGACAAAUGAGCCUCUGGCUUGUAUCCAGGUAUUAGAUGUAAGCAGAGAGGGCAAAGAAGAAGUAUUCUACGGACCUACGCUCCCCUUUGCUUCCAAUGGAAUAGCAGCAUGCUUCCUUCCAGCCCCGUAUUUCACAUGCCCUAACCUGCAAACCCUUCAAGUACCUCAUCACAGGAUUGGCACCAUCUGAAGAGCCCACUGUUCUGUUAAUAAUCCUCAUAACCAGAGGGAAAAACAAAGACCUGACUUUUGGAUUCUGGGCGUAAACAGCCUCAGUGCUCAAUGCUUCCUUGUCUUGUUUUAUAGGUCUUAUAUUCAGAUAAAUAUUAGCAAAAAAAUUGAACAAUUUUCUAAAAUACAUUAUUGAGAACUCUUGUCACUCUUCUCAGUGUACGUCAACAUACGAUAUGUAUGACUUUUACUGUGGUGUAGCUUAGUGCCAACUUAAUGGUACAUAAUUGUGCCAUGAGUGUUUAAAGCAUUCUUUGUAUACUCUAAUUAGUGCUAUCUAGGACCACCUGACACUGUUCUAAAGACAAUUUAUUUCACACAGUGGCAUCAAUGAUCUUAAAAUCUUCAUAUGUACUCCCUUUCCUAAUUAAACAGGUUUGUAAUUUUUCUUUUUAAAAUUUAACAUUAUGCAGCCUUGCUCACUAGAGAUUCAGCAUUAUGACAUAAUAAAUUUUUAAGUGCCAUAUUUUAUUCAAGGUGAUAGGAAUAACAGAAGUGCACUGGAACAGCAGUCGGAAUACCCAUAUUUUUGCCUCAAUUACUCUGACUUUCAGCCAGACUUUUACUUCAUAGUGCUUGUUUUCCCACCUUUUACGGACAAUUAUUGAAUUCCAUAUUAAUUCAAAAGAUUGUUGUGAGAAUUAAGUAAAUGUGCUAACUUCACCUAAUUAAAAAAAUUAAAUUAUGAGGUAUUUUAUUCUCUUGAGAACGGUGUAACUGAGCUAGGAGAUUUAUUAGUGCAGAAAUUAUUGUUUGAAAAACAUGCUGUGGGAUUUUGAAAAGAACGUGAAAAAGCCAUGCCUUUCCUAAGCAGGAAAAGGGCAUUUAGCAACAUGACAGACACUUAAACUCAUGUAAUUCCUUGCUCAAAUAAAAAUAAUUCUCUUAAAUAUCUCAUUUUAAGUCACUUAGUGAAAAAUUAAUUUUAAAACUUAAAAAUGUUGUAUUAAUUAUGGUAACAUAAAGUGCUUAGACAUAAAUUUGAACCUAGAACUGGAGGUUCUAAUAAAAGUUUUCCAGUUUGUUAAAGGUUAUGUCAAUCUUGAGGGCUUGUGGGAUUCUUCACAACCACCAAUACAUAUUUUAUUAGUGGCACUUUUAAUAAUACAUAAGAAUUCUUUUUUAGGGUCGGUUUUUGGGUUUGCCUUAUCUAAAAGAGUAAAUAAAACAACUUCGUAAGCACAUUUGAACAUACAUUCAGUAAGCCUAAUAUAGAUUUCUUUUUGCCAAUCUCAACAGGACUUGAGGUCAACUUUAUUAAAAGGAAGACCCCUUUUGGCUUUUUUUUUUCCUCAGCAGUUUAAUCAUUCAGGAAUUCCUAAUAGGAAAUAUAAUUUUAUGCAUGGAACCAUUUUUAGUGAUCAAAAGUGAAUGAAAAUAAAAUGUUUUUGUCUAAAAUAUAAAUGACUUAUUCAGAUUAAAGAGGAAGAGGUACUAAUGGUAAGGAAAGAAAGGUAAAUUUUAUAAAGAACAAAUGUAGACAAAAACCUUAAGAGCUGAACAGUGAAAAUUGGUAUUGGUAACUAAUAUUUAGAAUCAUAACUGCUUCUUUAAGAGGUAUAUAAACCAUCUGAAUUUUAAAAUGUCAUAGCAAGUCAGGAAAAUGGACUCAAGCUUCUUUCUUGCCAUUUUAUCUUAUAAAGCCAUUAGUCUAUUUGUAUUCACAGACCUUACAUCCCAUGAAUGAAAGGAAAACAGUCUAAAAAUAAGCUUACCUGAUUGUUAAUGGAAAGGUAGAAUGAGACUUCCCUUGAUUAUUUCUAGGUAUAUUUCUGACUAUUCAUAUAAAACAAAUCAGCAUAUAUUAUUAAAUCACUCUUUGGUGAUCUUUAUAAUGUAUUAUUCACUUAUGUUACAGAAUUGAACUUACAAUUUUACAAAGUUUUACAUAGAGUUCAAACACAUCCUUCAUAGCUACAGUAAAAAGAGUACGAUGUUCCUUUCCUAAAGAGAACAAAACUCAUAUGACUGAUAAUUAGAAACUUUUCCUUACAAUUAUCAGGGAAAAGAAUUUAUAGACUAUAUUCGGUCAUAUAAGUCAAAUCCCACUGAAACUAUUCAAACAUUGUAUCCACAUCAGCCACAGCAAAAGCUGAAAUAUUUUAUUGUUUUACUACAAAGUAUAAAAAGCACCAUUAUUCCUCCAGGUAACCAUGUUUUUUUGUUUGUUUUUCAAUAAUAAACCUUUUACAAAAAAGCUGAAUCAUGGACACAAUGUAAUGGUCUAAAAUAUAUACAUUUUUCAAUAUGUAUGUAUUAUAUACUUUAAUUUAUAAGUUAUCUAACUUAUAAAUGCUACAUAAGAAAAAGAAUGCCCAGAAUAUUUCUAGAAGCACAAUUCACAAAUGCAAUAAAUUGGAUACUUUUUUUUUUGGUACCAGGGAUCGAACUCAGGACCUUGAGUUUUUGAGGCAGAUGAGGUGCCACUGAGCUAAAUCUCUGGACCCCCUGGAUACUUUUAAGUACAUCCAGAGUUCUAAUAAAUAGAAACUGGCCAAUUACAAUCAUUUGAUAGUGCUUCUGGUAAAACAUACAACUAUCAUAUAUAACCUUGUGAAAGUAUAUGCUAUUUUGGCAGCUCCCCAAAUUUAACCAACUAAAGUAUGCUAUUCACGAUGAUAUACUAUAUUGUCAUGUGAUGACAGCAAUAUUUUUCACUAUAGGAAGGGUAGGCAGGAAAUGUUUUUGGCACAUGUAGAUGUAAAAAAAAAGGAAUCUACCAAUCAAACAGCAGUGGCUUAGUGCAGACAAUUCAAAUUUUGGUGAGGUUUCUAGGGUAUUUAGCUUUUAUCUUUGAAACACAAGUGAUUAUUGCAUGUAGGAUUUAGGGAGGGUAGAUUUCCUGAAUGCCUUUUCAAAAUGCAGACAACUCAAAUCUUUCUAUAAUACUAAAUUGCUAAACAUUCUGUGAGAGUACAUACCAGGCCCAUGUGAUUCUUGUCAGGCAAACAUGACAGAAUAUACAAACCUAGAGGGUGGGGAUAAGUCACUCAUUCAGAGUGGCCUCUUGAUGUUGAAGAGCUGUGGUAAACACUAGAUGUCUGAGGCUGCUGCCAGAGUGACAUACCAUACUGUUUUAUAGUAAAGUUCUUUUAUAAGAAGGAACAGUUUAAAGUGAUAAAAAGUAUAGUAAAUACAUACAUUAGUAAUAUAAUUAUUAUUAAGCAUUACACACUAUACACAAUUGUACAUGCUAUACUUUUAUGACUGGUGGUACAGGUGUGUUUACACUACCAUCACCACACACGUGAGUAAUGUGCUGGCUGUGACAAUACACGAGCUAUGUCACUUUUUAAUGUCAUUACAGUCUUAUGAGAGCACCUUGUUACAUGUGGUCUAUCACUGACUGAAAUGUUAUUAUGCAGCAUAGACUAUGGUUAAGAGAAAAUAUAGCAGGGAUAAAGUCAUAAAAGUGUUAAACUACAAAAUUCUUCUAAUGCACAUGAAUUCAACAAUGAACGAAUUUUGCAUAGUUUUUUCCUCCCCAUGGAAACUUUCUAAUUGUUAAACUGAAAUUUUAAUCAUUAGCAGACCUUAAUGUCUAAUAAAGUGUUUUUCAUCAUUCUGCUGCCCUUCUACCAUCUUUUAGAUCAAACUUGUUAUAGUAUAAUCUUGAUUGGAAUGCUCAGAUGUCCAGAAUGUAUAUUUUUCUACUUAAGUAUUUUUAAGUUUCUAUAUAAAUGAAAUGUAUUUAAUUUUAAUUUUUGUAUAGAAAUGGUACUCCAAUCUGACAAAGGAAAUGAAGCUGUAUACAGAGUGAAUAUGGCAUUCAGAGAAAGAAGCUGAGUCUUGUUGUUUUAAAGAGUUAGGUUUGAAUAGGUCUGGCCAUGUUGCAGAAGGUCUCCAGACUGAAGGGUGUGAACAUCUGGCUAUAAAUAAUAUACUGAGGUCCUUCAGAAAAAUAACAAAGGAAGGAGUAUUUUAGGAACAGUAACUCCAAACUUUGUGUAAGGUAAACUGUAGGAAGGGGCCCAGAGGUAAAAAAGAUUGUAGUGCCUGAUUAAAAAAAAUUUUUUUUUCUUCAUCCCCUUGCCCUUAGAGAAAAAUUUAUCUC